AUGUGGGACUUGAAGUGUGGAGACAAGCGGCCGCUUGGCGCUAUCCGUGCCCAACUAGGGAACCGAAAGAGCUUGGUAUUGGGGGUCCAUGGAGCCUUGGUCAGCAAGCCAAGAGACGGGCUGGCGGGGAGCUUAUAUCUUACGUGUCUGGCUUGCUCAAUGGACCUUGGGGCUCAUUCCGCCACCCUUACCAGCACGUUUGGCUGCCUACCCCGCAUCAUUCGCCUGCUUGCACUGUCCGUCUAUCGCUUGCAAGAAACACAGUCCAAGCCGAGAUGCUUGGCCACCGGUGGCGGGAUUUCUGUUCUAUCGGAUAUGGCCCACAACGCCCACCACAGCGCCGAAAGGGCCGACGCAAAGCAGCACAGUCGACAAGUUCUCCCGGCUCUCGGCUCCAAGACCGGGGCUUGGUGGUGGGGGUGGGUGUGGGGCAUGCAAUGGAGGGCGAGCCCGACCUUGGCGACAACGCCGGGCCUUCCUGGUACUAUCUAA